CGUGAUGAAAACAUGGCUGUCAAAAUAUUGGGGAAAGUAUCUGAUAAUUUAUUUAAACAAUAAUUUCGCGAUAUAAGCAUGUGUUUGAAAAUGAGACAAUGGAAUCAGUUUAUGGCACGUUCAUCGAAAUUUUUCACCAGCAUAAAAGAUUUUCUGCUGUUCAGAAAUUAGUGAUUUUGGCGCUAGUUAUUGGAGGUGUGUCUCUUUUGACAGGUCUAUGGAUGUGGAUGGUAACAUACACUUUAACGUUGAUCUCAACCAUAUUAGUUUGUCAUUAUUUAGUAACAACAAAUGCUAAUUUUACGCUAUUAGAAAAGAUACUUGUUCUUCUGAAAGCUCACGAGAACGAUUCUUGGUAUAUAAGCCUCACUGAAUUAGUCAGGAAUUCCCUUGGAAUUGGGACACAUAAUGGAAAUGAAUUACUCACGGAAAAUGAGGCUAAACGUGAAGGGGAUUUUUCUUCAUGGGAGGAUGAAAUACAUUUGUUGGCAACUCUCAUAUCUCAGGAUUUUAUCAGACCAUGGUAUCUUACAGUGAGUGACAAACAGAAUCUCUUGGAAGAGAAAGAAGAAGUCCUUGAUAAAGCGUUUAGACGUCUGUGUGUACGAUUUUCUGAAAUAGAUAUUCAUGAACUUUUUCAGGAACUAUUGUUAUGUUACAGGGAACACUUACGAUGCUUUCAGCUCGCAAAAUCGGCAUAUUACACUCAGCCAAGAAGAAGGAGUGUAUCUUCACUAGAUCCUGCGUCAUCAACUAAAAUAGUCUCCUCAAUUGAGGAAGCAUAUGAAUUCAAAUUUACCUACCACAGUGCAGUGUGGGAAUCAGAAAAUGAAAUUAUCUAUCUAAAAUCAUUGAUAAGUAUUCUGUUGACAGAAUAUCUGGAUACACAUUUGCAAGACAGCAAAACUCCUCAUGUAUUGUUAGUUGAAAUAUUAACUUACAAUGUUGCAAAACCUGUCUUUGAUCUUUUAAGCAAUUCAGAAUUUUUACAUGAGUGCAUUGUUCAUAUAUUAUCUGAUGAAACUUUGAUAACAAUACCUCCAGAUGCAGAAAGUAGUGAGAAAGAUUUUGCACAAUUCAAGGAUGUACAGGAAGAUGAUAAUGAGUUCAAAGAUGCCAUGGAAGUGUUUUCAUCAAGGGAAGAAAUGUCUCAUCAAUCUAGUCACCAUAUUGAACACAAAGGGCACCAAGAAUCAUUGAAUGGAAAUACUCAAACAUCCACAGAUAAUAAAAUAGGGGCACAAGUAGCCAAGGAGGAAGAAUUGGCUGCUAGUUUACAAACACACAUUCCAAAUGACAAAACAGAGGAAAGCAGCUUAGCGGUGGCAUCCGACAGCAGGGCUAGGGAGCAUAUAGAGGAGAGUCAGAGGUUUUACCUUGGGAGUUUUGAUGACAUUAAAGAGACCUGCCAACAGACCCCAAAACUGUUUAAAAGCAUAUGUAUUACUAACACAGAGACAGCCACAGAGAAUAGAGGAGCUAAUCAGUACACACUAUACACCAUCCAAUAUGAUGCAGUGUAUGAGGACCAAGGGUCCCCCAGAGUCAGAACAAAUGUGGUGAAGCGGCGGUUCAGAGAAUUCAUUAACCUACAAAACAGAUUAGAAGAUAAUCCUGAGUAUAAAAAGAGCUUGAAAGAUGUAAAAGGACUUACUAAGUGGCUUUCCUUACCAUUUGGAAAUAUGGAUAAGAACAGUAUUGAAAAGCGCAAGAAUACAUUGGAAAAUUUCAUGAAAUCUCUCCUGGAGAAAGAUGAUGUCUGCAGCAGUCCAGAAAUAAAGGAGUUCCUGGCAUAUGAUGGAAAUGCCCACAUAGCAUUUGUCAGGAAGGUUCCAGAUAGCAUACAACCUUUCACAAAGAUGAUUAGAAGUGUUUCCAGUGUAUUUGACAAGAUUGGAGAAUUCUCUACAAAUAUGACAGAAUUACUGCCAAGUCUUCCCAGGAGAGUCCAAACCAAAGAUAUCCACAGCAGCAUGGUCGAUGAAGAUCAAAUCCUGCUAGAGUUUGGUACCAUUAAAGGAGAUGUGCUUGUCUUAGAAAGACUGUUUACAAAUUAUGUACAAGUAGCUGGUUGUUCUAAAGUGUCUGAACACAAUGAAGCCUCAGGGAAUAUCUCACAAAAUGCAGAUGAGGCUACUGACGAGCUUCACGACACUGCUCUGACGGAGAUUGCAAUCGACAUAGCUGUGCAAGCACUGCAAGGCAGAAACUGUUGGCUCUGUCGGGAAAGAGUUAUCUCCCUUGCCAAGCACAUGUUUGGUACAGCAGUCAACAGGUGGCUGCGAUGGAAGAUAAGUGACCUUACAACCCCCCACCGAUGUGCAAUGUAUCUUCAUUUGUUUCAAGAAGCGAUUUGGCCAAAUGGAAAAUUUGAUUCCUCCAGUCGUGAAGUAAAAUCAGAAAAGCAGAAAUUGGUAACAAAACAGCAAGCAACAAGAGUGCUGGCAGAAUUUUUUCCAGAUGUUUUGGUUCAGCUUUUGGACAAGGAGGACUACCAAAGUGGAAUAGAGGAAAUUAUAGACUCCAUUCAGUAUAAGAAGCUGAACAAACAUUUUAUUUACACAUUUUUGGACAUUAUAAUGGAGAAGUUGUUCAGUAAAAGUCACCAGGAGGCCUUGCAGAAAGAAGUAUUGUAAGAAGGGAGGUAAAAGUGGACCAUGGGACAUCGCAUAAUACAACUGUACUUGUAUCUGUGACCUUGACAUGUUCUUGUUGAUGUGUUUUAGCCAUGACCUUUAAUUGUUGUUAGACAGAGUUCCAAAUCAGGCUGGGAUUCUUUUCUGUUAUACUAGGCAUUUCCAUUUUUAAAAUGGUCCAACACUUGUUUUUAUUAAUUGGUUGUACUUAAUGUAUGAAAUAAACUUUGUUUUACAUUACUUCGAAAUAAAUGUUACUCUUGUGAUUGG